GGGAGCAGCGCGGAAGUGCAGUGCAGUCGCCCCCCAGGCGUCUCUCUCCCUCCUCUCCUGUCCGCUCCCCCCUCCCGCCGCCUCUCCUGCAGCGUGGCCGCCCCCGCGGGCUCCAUGGUGAAGGUCAGAUUCAGGCCCCUGUCGAGGGAGAAGCCCUGCUGCGACCUCUCCGCGGGCGCUAAGAAGAAAGGCCUGUGCGUGGGUGUCUGCAACCUGGUGAUCAUCGCGGUGGCCUUUGUCAUCUGGGGCGCGUGGCCGAGGAAGGAGAGUGUUUCUGACAAUGCUGUGGAGAGUUUCUCCGAGAAGGUCCUGCGGCGAUGCUUAGACUACGCCCCUCCCCCGGGUGCCCCGCUCAGAGGAGAUAAAGACUGCAAAAAGAUAGAGGAGGCUUUCAGGAACGCGGUUGCUUCUAAGGACCCUUGCCACUUUAGCUCAGAAGACUAUCAACCAGUAAUGAAGCUGGUGAAUCAACAUAUACCUUGCAACAAGGUCCUUUUUUGGAGCAAAACAAAAGAACUGGCACAUAGUUACCAGGGGGAGCUGCUCACCCUGGAGGACAUGCUCCUGGGCCACAUUGUUGAUGGCCUCACGUGGUGUGGAGACAGAAAGACUUCAGAAGUGCAGCUUGACUCUUGUCCAGAAGAGAGCAACACCUGCCCUCAUCCUGCUGCAGGUGUAUUCUGGAACGUGUCAUCCAAAUGGUUUGCAGAAAACGCCUGUGGACAGGUUCGUGUGAUACUCAAUGGGUCCCUCAGUCAUCCCUUCAGCAGGAACAGUACUUUUGGAAGUGUGGAAGCCCUUAAUUUGCCUUCAAAAGUUUACAAACUACAAGCCUGGGUGAUCCACGAAGAACCUGUCAGGGACACGUGCUCAGGCUCUUCCAUAAAUGACCUGAAAUCGGUUUUAAGAGAAAACAUUGAAUUUACUUGCAAGGAUAUGGACAGGGAGACGUUUAUUCAAUGUGUGGAAAAUCCUGAGGGCUCACAAUGCAAAUCUGUAGUAUGAGACAGUGCCGUGAUCGGUUCAGCUCUUGGCACUCUUGCUGUCCAUCACCAUGCCUGCCUCGGAGACACACUAGUGGGGAGCUGAGGAUUUGAGGGGAGCUGCUGUCAUUGUGUCAACACCGGAGAAGGAAACUUUUCUCCCCAGUGUUAACAUAGUUUUUGUUUUGAUGUCCUAAUAUUCAAGAAAAAAUCAUUGUAUAAUUGUAUAAUGAAAAUGUUAAGUUAUUUUAGUGAAUGUUUAUAUGAAGGGUUUAUUUUGUGUAUCUGUGGGCAGCCUCCUUUAUAAAAAUGAGCACAUUUUUCAAUAUGGUUCAUAUUGGUACUGUCAAGUCAAGAAAGACAAAUACCCAAGCUUUCCAGAAAAUGUUACAUUCCGCAUGAACAGCCUUGUAUCAGGGUCCAUUUUGAACCCUUUAGGAUCUAUUGAUAGUCAAACUAUAAAUGCCACAAUUAUGGUCAUGCUGGGAAAAGUAUUCUGUCGUGUAUGAGCUACCAAGUUGCUUGGUGCGCGACACCAUGAGAUUGAUAUUAUUAUCUUCCAUUUGUCAGAUGAGAAAAUGGAAGUUCACAGAGAUUCUAUCAUUUGCCUAAUGUCAUACAUUUAGUUCAAGGUAGAGGAUGAUUUUGAACUCGGGUCUGUGGGACUCCAAAGCACAUGUGCUCUCUAUUUUGAGGACUAAACCAUAAAACUUAACGUGCCUUAUGUUUUCCACCAGUAAGUGCCGGUUAGAUCAAUUACAAUAAAACCUAGAAUGUGAUUUUUCUGAAUGACUUGAAAACGUACUUUCCCCUCCUUGUCCUCUUCCUCAUGGCUCAUGUUUUGCUUGGCAGUGCACAUUCGUUCCUGACACUGCAGUUUAUGCUUCUCUCUUUUUUCUUGAUCAGUCUUAUUUGGAGAUGAUCAGUUUUUUCUACUCAUUCAAAGGAGCAAGCUUUAGCUUUUUAAAUUGGUUUUGAAUCUUCUCCGUAUUAGUAGAGGUGUAGAAAUUCAUCCUUAGUUCCUUGAGCUUUCUUUAUUCAACUUACUGCAAUGGAAGCUUAAAUCUUAGAUUUUUUGGUCAUUUUUUUCUUUUCUGAUACAUACAUUCGGUUCAAUAAAAUUUUCUCUGAGUGCUGCUCUGGCUCCAAUGUUUAAGAUUUGACA